AUGACUCGUAUCUCUUCCAUGCUGGCGCUGGCCACGUCCUUGGCUAUCCUGAGCACCGCUCUUCCCUACGCCUCGGCCGCUAUUCUUCCCACGCGCGAUGUGGCCGAGCAACAGGUCCAGGCCGACAACUAUCCAAACCUGGCCGCAGUCAACGUUCCAGCAGCCCCUCUCGAAGCUCGUGAGAGUCAGAAAGAGGAUGACUGGCCCCAUGGAGGUCGUGGAUGUGGAUACGGUGGUGGAUGGGGAGGUGGAUGGGGCGGUGGUCGAGGAGGCGGAUACGGUGGAGGUCGCGGCUGGGACAAGCGUGCUGAUCCGGAGUCCCGAGAUGUGGAAGAUGAUUCGUCUGGUGGUGGCGGCGGCGGCGGCGGCCGAGGAGGUGGUGGUCGCUUCACUGAACGCGAUGAAGGCGGUCGAGGUGGCGGUGGUCGAUACACUGACGCUGAAGGCAGUGGCGGUGGUGGUGACGGCCAUGGUAGCGGUGGUCGCUACACUGAUGCUGAAGGCGGUGGCGGUGGCGGUGGUCGGGGUGGCGGCGGUCGCUACACUGAACGCGAUGAAGGUGGCGGCGGUGGUGGCGGUCGAGGAGGUGGCGGUCGAGGAGGUGGCGGUCGAUACGUUGACGCUGAGGGCGGAGGCGGUGGAGGCGGUCGGGGUGGCGGUGGUCGAUACACAGAACGAGAUGGUAGCGAACAAGGUAGCGGCGGAGGAGGUGGUGGCCAUGGCGGCGGGGGCCACUGA